AUGUUUUCAAUAAUCGAAGCUAGUGUGGGUGCCCUGUUCAUUCAGUUGGCCAGUACAAACUACUACUGGCAACUUGGUUCGACUAUUGGCUUCUCAUCAGCUAUUUACAACACCAUCUUCGAGAAGGCUACAAAGAAUAUCCCACUUUUAACUGGUGUUUUAUGUUCAUCCUUAUUCAUCAAAGAAUAUGCUCCUUCAUUUUUACCAGAUUUCCCAACUUCAAACCUAAUCACAAACUUUGGUAUCGAUAAAUUGGUGUUAUUUUCAAUUGCUGGAGCCUUAGUAGGACUAGGUACAAAAAUAGGUGCAGGUUGUACAUCUGGACAUAUGAUUGGUGGUUUAUCCAGACUUAGAGUUAGAUCAAUGGCUGCAGUUGCAACUUUUUCAGCAGCUGCUAUUGGAUUAAACAAGCUGUUAGACUUGGGAUUACAUAGUGCCGUUGAACCAAACUAUACACUAGUGCUUAGUUGGGGGUUCUUUAAGGAAAACAAAUUAAUCACUGGAUUGUUAAUUGCAGGUUUUAUUCAAGUUUAUGGUUUAUUACCAUAUCUAUCACAAAAAGCUAAGGGAUUUUACAAAUGUUUGUUGGGUAAUUAUAUUAGGUUUUUAAGUGGGUUUUUGUUUGGUAUUGGUCUUCAUGUUUCAGGAAUGGUUAAUGUAACGAAAACAAUUGGAUUUUUAUCAAUUUUAGACUGGAAAAAAUUUGAUCCAUCCUUAGCUAUGAUUAUUGUGUUUGCAGUGAUACCAAAUGUAAUUAUAUGGAGAAAUAUAAAGAAACCUUUACUAACUGGAAACUUUGAUCUUGCCAUGUCUACAGAAAUACCUCCAAGGUUUUUAAUUGGGAACGUUUUAUUCGGUUUAGGGUGGGGGAUUUUAGGUAUUUGUCCAGGUCCAGGACUUGCCAACAGUAUUCAUUUUAGAGAUGUAAACAUUUGGCUCAUUUCAUUUCUCACAGGUCAUGGAAUUGGUGGGUUGUUAUGA